CGAAACCGUACUAGGUUCAUAUUACAGUACUAGUAGACAGCAGUAGCACUCAAGAACGCCAGUGGCUCAAUUGCAAUCACGUUACUUAAUUAAAAAAGUGAAGUUUUGUAGUCGAAAAUAGAUUAGAAGUGACUUGAACGGAAGCUAUUAAAGUGCGGCGUGCCUUUGAAGAUUUUUAACUGAAUCCGUGACUCUAGCAAGACAUCGCGGCGGAGCGCUCCGGCAACUCGACGAGAAGCUUUGUUUUGAGAAAAUAGGUGUGUUUAAGAUUCUGCGCGAUGGACGCCAGUAUUCUCGCAGCCAUGGACAAAGAGGCACUGAAAAAGCAGAUCGAAAACAUGAAGUACCAGGCCUCCAUGGAACGUUGGCCGCUAUCGAAAAGCAUUGCAGCAAUGAGAGAAUACGUAGAGGAAAAUGAAAAAAAUGAUCCUCUUAUACACGCCCCAGACAAGAAAAACAACCCUUGGGCCGAGAAAGGAAAAUGCAUCAUCAUGUAAUCAUAAUCACAAGUAAAAUAUAAAAAAAUAAUAUCACCAAAAAUUCUAAAAGACAUUUAUAUCGUUUUGGCACGACGAAAUCGUUAUUGGUCUGGUCACCACGGGCGCUACUGCUGACAAAACAAAGAUUGGAGAGAGGUUCACGAACGCAAUUGGACAUUUGCUACUGCCAGACAAUAUAAAGAUAAUAGUAAAAUAGAAACAAGUCGGGACGGCCUUGCCAAAACAUACGUUUGAUUUACCAGAGAUUCCAUUAAGACGGUUUUCGUUCCCCAAGAUAAUCUAGUCCUCAUAAUAAAAAUAAUGUAAGGAAUGUACAUUUUGACUGUGCGCGUCGCAAGUAUGUACUUAUGAGUGUUUUGUUAAAAGAUUUAAAAAUGGUUGUAAAUACGUUAAAUUUUGUAUUUCUAGUAAAGUAACGUUCGGUCGGGACUAUCGGUAGAGGAUAAAAUGGAAAAAGUUAAUGUGGGCGGAGUAAAAAUUGUAAAUUUAAACUUAAACAUGACAAUGUAUGUUCAUACCGACGUAUUUUACUUUGAAGUUGAGAGAUUUUAAUUUAAUGAGGGAACGCCUUGAGAAUGUCUAGAAUAGAAUGAUAAUAUGAUUGAGGAAUCCGAGCACUUGCACGCGAAGAAAAGCAACUUCCUCUAAGAAAUUCGCGUGGAUCUGGUUUGGAUUCUAAAUUUAAUCAGACGAAGUAUGCAGGACUUUGUUCUCCUACUUUGUUAUUUCAGUUACAUAAACUGAAUUUUUUUCUCAUAUUUUGACCGCGAACGUAAACUUUGCCAUCGCGAAUAGUUGUAAUAAAAUACUGUUGAAUGUGAAGAUUCAUUGAGCUCGUGAAUCUUUAGAUUUAAACGAUGUAAUAUUAAAUAAUGAUAGUUAAAAUAUAGGGUAUAAUCGCACAUCACAACUUAACAUCUAUUUGCUGGAUCACAGAAAUAAGAGCAUUCAUGAAUUUAAAUUAGGUAUUGGCAAUAAAGAAUUCUUAGGCGAAGUGUUAAAAUGACGAAAUGUUAAAUGUAGCGCAGUGAAAAACUAAUUUUAAGGUAACUCAUGAAUAAAAUGCGACAUAAUCUUGUUCGAAACAAAAGUAAUGAUAAGUUGAUUUAGGAUACUUUUUUAUGAACACAGGUACAUUCCGCAGUGCCAUUAACUUGUAAUGCUUCUAUUGAAUAAAUCUUAGCGUCUUAUCUUCUACGCUCCUCAUAAGCUUUGUUAUGUAUGUCUUAUUUGUGACCCUAUCUAUAUACUCGUGUUGUCUGUAUCUACUUACAUCCACAUUAUGAUUUAUAUGUGUUCAUCUUCUUCUACCCCGAUAUUUAAAAUUAGAUAAAUAAAUCUAUUGACUACAACUUUAAAUCUAGCACUUGAUUAGCUUAGUAUUAAUUCAAAAUAUAAAUUGAAAUAAACUUUACCUAUGUCACGAAAAUUAUUCGCGAACUAUCGUAGUUUCCAAAAUAAACUUCUUCUAAAUUAUAUCUAAGAUUAACGGAUUUGAAUUGCUAUUUCCCUCUUAUUGUAAUAUGCAUCUCCGGAGGGGAUGUUGUAUUAAUGAGGAGGUAUAAUAGCUUCAUUAUCGCGCGUAGUGCUAUUGCUCUAACGUUCCACUAAAAUGGAACUACCUUUAAUCCUAAUUUUGAAUAAAAUAGAAAAUUUAAACUUACGCACUGUAGGUAAUUUAUAGAUUAAAUUAAAAUCUAACCUAAAAUUAUAAACUUAAAUUUAUAAAAAAAAAAUACCUUCCUCCUUACCAUAUCUAGACGCGAUCUAUGGAGAAUCAUUCUGGCUGUGAGUAUUUCCCAUUUGUUUAGAUGCUUAUCAUAGUCGUUCGUCCGACUUUCGCUACUACCGACAAUAAAUUGUUAUCGCGGACUAACUUCUCGAAUGGUUUCAUCUUUGCAACUACGUCCUCCCUCUAAAAUUUCAUGUCAAUUUUUAACGAAUGAUUUGUUCCUACAUCAUUCACAUCAUCUAUUAUAUCAAACUAUUGUCAUCUUUCACAUCCACUUCUUUCACAUGAAUAAGUUUCUCAUUAUAAUUUCAUUGUAUCUGUCCUCUCUUAGUCAAGAAUAGUUUUAAACUUAGGAACUUAGAGAAUAAAUCGUAGUUUUAGUGAUAAAUUAAAAGCAAGAAAAUCAAAGUUGUUUGUUAACUUACACGAUAAAAGUUGCAAUUCAGAGAAUUAGCCGUAGGUAUAUAAAAAAAAUAUUAAAAAAUGUAACGAGUUUAUUUAAAAAAUGUUCUAGUAAAUAAAUUAAGGGAUCUCAGUCGAGAGUUAUGAAAACGAUGGCAAAGUUUCAUUCUCCAACAAUAUCAUGUGCAAUAACUACAGUAUGUACAUUAUCAAGGUCGUUCUCUUUUAUAUGCAAUAUUUAUUGAGUGUUUUGUUUUUAAUAUAUAAUAGUUUAUUUUAUUUCUAAGUUUGUUCGUUGAACUUAAGUAAAACCAAAGAUUUUUUCACUUCUUUCUCGGGCUGUUUAGCUCAUUCUAAUCAACACGAACAUUAAUAUGAAACACUUCAUCAUAUAUAUGCUGACACAGCGUGGCGAAUUGUUUUAUAUUAGUGUCCUAAUUAAGGUAAUAAUAAACUUAAUCGGUACUUUUUAACGGAUUAAUCCAAAAAAAUUUAAUAACUAGGUAAGGUGAUAUUGGAAAUGAUUUUUUUAGAAUCAAUAGGCUAAGGUAUUAUGUUAUUAUUAUUAAUAUGUAAUCAGUAAUCACUGAAAUAAAUCAAAAUCUGUAA